AUGAACGAUAAAAUCCCAGGCCUUUACUUUUACCAGAUGGUCCCUAAGGAAGACCUUCAAUAUGAGGGGAUUCUCUCUUUGCUUCUGCGCUUCAGGUGGUCAUGGAUUGGCAUUGUUGUUAUGGAUACUGACAAUGGAGAGAGAUUUGUGCAAACUGUGCUUCUAGUGUUUCCCCAAAAAGGUAUUUGUAUAGACUUUAUUGAAAGAAUCCCCACUCCAACUUUUAUCCCUGAUCUAAAAGGCAUGCUGGAUCGGGGGAAAGAAAUACACGAUACUCUAAUGAACAGCAAAGCCAAUGUAAUACUGGCAUUUGGAGAAUCUUAUUCUUUAUCAUUUUUUAGAUGGUUGUCAUUUCUAUCAGAAAUGCACAGCCUGUCAAAGAAGCCAAAAGGAAAAGUUUGGAUAACUACAGCACAGGUGGAGGUCACGUCAUUUUCCUAUCAAAGGACUUGGGAUGCAGAGAUAUUCCAUGGUGCCAUAGGCUUCACAUUCCACUCCAGUGAUCUGCCAGAAUUUCGCCAGUUUGCUAAGGGUAAAAACCCAUCCAGCACUUCAGGAGAUGAUUUCAUCAAGGACUUUUGGCAAACUGCUUUUGGAUGUGUAUUUCUAAACGCAGCUGUGGAUGAGGUAGAGGGGGAUAUUUGCACAGGGGUGGAGAAGCUGGAGGACCUUCCUAUCCCCUUCUUUGAAAUGAGCAUGACUGGACAUAGCUACAAUGUCUACAAUGCAGUCUAUGUUGUGGCUCAUGCUUUACAUGCCAUGUCCUUAGCCAGAUUCAAACAGAGAUCCCUGUUGGCUGGACCGGAAUUGAAGCUGCAGAAUCAACCAUUUUGGCAGUCAAAAGUGAAGAUUGGGAAGGUGGAUCCACAGGCUCCUGCUGACCAAGUGUUAGCCAUUAAUGCAGAUGCCAUCACAUGGCAUAGCUGGUUUAACCAGACACGACCUCUUUCCCUAUGCACUGAGACUUGCAAGCCAGGUUUUAGCAAGAAAGUGAAGGAAGGGGAGCCAUUUUGCUGUUAUGAUUGCAUCUCAUGCCCAGCAGGGAAGAUUUCAUAUGAGGAUAUGAAUGACUGUUUUAAAUGUCCAGAUGAAUAUUAUCCCAACAAAAAACAGGAUUUAUGUAUUCUGAAGGAAAUAAGCUUCUUGUCUUAUGAAGAACCUUUGGGGAUCAGUUUAGCUUGUUUUUCGAUUUCCUCUUCAAUCAUCACAGCUCUGGUGCUAGGGACGUUUCUGAAGCACCACAACACUCCCAUUGUCAAAGCCAACAACCGCGACCUUACCUACAUCCUCCUCCUGUCCCUCCUACUCUGCUUCCUUUGUGCAUUGCUAUUCAUUGGACAGCCUCAGAAGGUGACAUGUCUUCUGCAACAACCUUUUUUUGGCAUCAUCUUCUCAGUGGCUUGUGUGCUGGCAAAAACGAUUCUGGCUUUCAUGGCCACCAAACCAGGAUCCAGGAUGAGGAAAUGGGUGGGGAAGAGGCUGGCCAACUCCAUUGUGAUUUCCUGCUCCUUUAUUCAAGCAACCAUUUGUAUUAUGUGGUUGGCAUUUUCUCCCCCAUUCCCAGAUGUCGAUAAGCACUCAACUUAUGGAGAAAUUGUUCUAGAAUGCAAUGAGGGUUCUGUAACUAUGUUUUACUGUGUCCUGGGUUACAUGGGCUUUCUGGCUAUGGCCAGUUUCAGUGUGGCUUUCCUUGCCAGGAAGUUGCCUGACAGUUUCAAUGAAGCCAAGUUCAUCACUUUCAGCAUGUUGGUCUUUUGCAGUGUUUGGUUAUCCUUUAUUCCCUCCUACCUGAGCACUAAAGGAAAAUAUAUGGUAUCUGUGGAGAUCUUUUCCAUCUUAGCCUCCAGUGCUGGGUUGCUGGGGUGCAUCUUUUCCCCUAAAUGCUAUAUCAUUGUUUUAAGGCCUGAACUAAACGAUAAGGAACAGCUGAUAAGACGAAAGGCUGGAUGA